UUCGACCAAUUAAACGACUAAUCUGACUAAAAAGUCAACUAACGACCUCCGUCUCAGACUCUUCACUUCCUCCAUCUCCACGAAACCCCAUGGCGGAGGACGACGACGCCUACUGGGAUCCGACCGACCCGGAUCCGGGCCCGACUUCUGCUCUGGACUUCUUCGACAGAGAUCGCCACCUCUGCUACUCACAGAUGAUGCUGGAGCUAUUGCCGUCGGCGUAUCAGGGCCAAGAGAUCAACCGCUUAACUCUCGCCUACUUCGCCAUCUCCGGCCUCGAUAUCCUCGGCGGUCUCGAUCGUGUUGACAAAGCUGGGGUGAUUAAUUGGGUUUUAUCGUUACAAGCUCAUCCGAGGAAUGAGGCUGAACUGGAAAAUGGACAGUUUUAUGGAUUUCAUGGUUCUAGAAGUUCCCAGUUUGAAUCCAGUGAUAAUGAGGGUCCGAUACCUAAUGGCAGUCAUUUGGCGAGCACUUACUGUGCACUUGCUAUAUUGAAGACUGUUGGCUAUGACUUAUCAUUCGUUGACUCCGCGUCGAUCUUGAAAUCUAUGAGAUCGCUUCAGCAGCCUGACGGGAGUUUUAUGCCUAUCCAUAUCGGGGCAGAGACGGAUCUCAGAUUUGUAUAUUGUGCUGCGGCAAUUUGCUCCAUGUUGGAGAAUUGGAAUGGAAUGGACAGGGAGAAAGCCAAGGAAUACAUAUUGAAUUGCCAGUCGUAUGAUGGUGGCUUUGGUUUAACUCCUGGUUCGGAAUCUCAUGGUGGUGCCACUUAUUGUGCUAUUGCAUCUCUCCGGCUUAUGGGAUUAAUUGAAGAUGAUUUGUUCUCAAAGACUGGAACAUCUUGCUGUAUUAAUGUUCCCUUGCUUCUGGACUGGACCUUACAGAGGCAGGGAGCUGAUGGUGGAUUCCAAGGAAGACUGAACAAACCCAGUGACACCUGUUAUGCAUUCUGGGUCGGAGGAGUCCUAAAGAUCUUAGGAGCCAAUAAGCUAAUUGAUAAGAAAGGUUUACAUGACUUUCUUUAUACCUGUCAAUCUCAGUAUGGUGGUUUUGGUAAAGUCCCGGGAGCGCUACCAGAUCUGUAUCAUUCCUACUAUGGAUUCUGCGCAUUUAGUCUGCUAGAGGAGCCCGGCCUCGCUUCAAUCUGCAUCGAACUGGGAAUAACUGAUAGCGCGGUUUGUGGAUUUUGAUCCAAUUGUCUCGUUAUGUCUCUUCUGUAUCAUUCAUGUCAUGAUCAGAAUGGUUUUUCAGAGAAUUCAUCAGGUUUUCAACAUAUAGUUUCUAUCAGGAAAUGUAUUUCAACAUUUUUCAAGAUUUUACCAAUGCUGUCUUGUAUUAUACUGGAAUUAUAGUAGACUAAACACUUCAUGAUUCUUUUUUAUUUUUUGCAUUAUUUAUACGAUUUCAUGUUAGUUCUGUAAAAGAUUGUGAAACGGUAUUUAAACUUGGUUAUUCUCCCAUUUAUUGGGCUAAUCUUAUUCUU